CUCGCCCUCUCUCUCUCUUCUUGACCACUCUCAACUGGGUCUCUCCCCAUUUUCAUAUAUUUACAACCCCAAAAUUCCAAAUGGGUUCCUCUUCAUUUUCUGCUCUGGGUUUAAUCCAUGGAUGUGUUUAGCAAUUAACCCUUAAAGUGAUUGCUGCUUUCUUUUUGGGCUUUUGGGUUUCAUAAAGGGUGCCACACUCUCCCAAAAGCUAAUUGCUUUUUGUGGUUUUGACAAUUUAGGACUGAGGUCAAGGUCUGGGAGUGUGUUUAGGGUUUUUGUGGGUUUUGGUUUGUGGAUUGAUUAGUUAUGGUGAGGAAGCAUGGAUGGCAAUUGCCUGCUCACACCUUUCAGGUUGUCGCAAUUACUGUAUUUUGCUUGUUAGUGGUCGCAUUCUAUGCUUUCUUUGCUCCUUUCCUUGGAGGCCGCAUCUGGGAAUAUGUUCUGAUUGGAAGUUACUCUCCGGUGGCACUUCUUGUCUUUAUUCUCUAUGUACGAUGUACUGCAAUAAACCCUGCAGAUCCUGGAAUCAUGUCCAGGUUUUACAAUGGGGCAAUCAAUAAUUUUAAUGCACAUCAUGGGAUAUCAGCAAAAGACCUGCCAAGAAAAUUUGAUGACGGUGCAACUGGGGCCUCCUCACCAUCAUCAGUUUCCAAAAGUUCAAUAGCAGGAGCUAACUCUAGUAGGAAAGGCUCAGUAGGAGAACUAGGAGGUGUAAAUUAUCCAGCAGAACCAACAGCCAGUAGUGUUGGAGGAGUGGGUAUCUUAUGUGCCUUGUUUGUACAUCAAGAUUGCCGCAAACAACAGGAAGGGGCAGCAGAGCAUCAGGGUGGUGAAGGUGGUGAAGAGGCUUUGUUCUGUACAUUGUGCAAUUCUGAGGUUCGCAAGUUCAGCAAACACUGUAGAAGUUGUGAUAAGUGUGUUGACGGUUUUGAUCACCACUGUCGGUGGCUUAACAAUUGUGUGGGGCACAAAAAUUAUGUGACUUUUAUCAGCCUGAUGGCCAUCAGUCUUCUUUGGCUUGCCAUUGAAGCUGGAGUUGGUAUUGCUGUACUAGUGCGCUGCUUUGUUAACAAGAGAAGCAUGGAGGCAGAAAUUAUUGAUAGACUUGGAAAUGGUUUCACUAGAGCGCCAUUUGCAACAGUUGUGGCUAUUUGUACUGCAGUUUCUGUUCUGGCAUGUGUACCCCUCAGUGAACUGUUUUUCUUCCACAUGAUAUUAAUCAGGAAGGGUAUUACUACCUACGAAUAUGUUGUGGCAAUGAGAGCAAUGAGUGAGGUACCCGGAGGAGACGUGGAUGAGGCUAUCAAUAAUAUCAUGUACUCACCAACUGGAUCAGCUACAACUGGCUUGAGUGGUGGAAGUUCUUUAGGUCUGCAAUACAAGGGUGCAUGGUGUACACCUCCAAGAGUCUUUGUGGAUUAUCAGGAUGAAGUUGUACCACAUUUGGAGCCUGGAAUGGUCCCAUCAACUAUUGAUCCAGAUGCCGCUGGAACUACAGAAAGAGAGCACAAAGCUCCUAAAAGGCCUGUUCGUAUUAGUGCUUGGAAGCUUGCAAAGCUAGACUCUAGUGAGGCCAUGAGAGCAGCGGCGAAAGCCAGGGCUUCAUCCUCAGUUCUACGACCACUUGAUAAACCUGAUCAUGAGCGUAGCUCAAGUGGCAAUAUGAGUGUGAGGAGUAGUGUAAGCACUGAUACAGGGACAAAUAGAGAGAUGAAGAAUGAUCUGAGGUUGUCAAGAAACUCUUAUGCGCCAAGUCAAGGUAGCCGAGACGAGUAUGAAACUGGAACUCAAAGCAUAAGUAGCUUCAGCAGUCCAAGCCAUAUUCAUGAAGCGGUCACACUUAGCCCUCUACCACAGGGUCAAGGUCUCGGUCCUCUGGGACGUUUCAGUGCAGCCACUUCAGUUCCCAGCUUAGUUCCUGAACGUCCAUUACCUCCCAGGACAUCAUUCCCCAAUGUCAGUCAGACAAUGUCACAGCCCUUGGGAUUUGAUGAAAAGAUAAUACAGAAGUGUAGCACUGAUCCUUUGAUGCUUUCUGGUCCACCUACUUCUCUUCUCAGAGAUGUUAGAAGGACAUCAGUUGUUUGGGACCAAGAAGCCGGAAGAUAUGUGUCAGUUCCUGUAUCAGCUUCUGAAGCUCGAAACAACAGGUUAUCUGUUCCAGGAUUAUCAAAUCCCAAUGCAGAAACAAGCAAUUAUAGUAGAAGGCCAGUUAUUCCGCCACAGGAGGCUUCAUCUUCCGCAGCGAAGCCUCCAGUGCAACAUACAGAGAAACUGAUGUAUACGGGAGACUCCAUAUUCUUUGGUGGUCCACUUUUAAGUGCACCAGUUAGGGAUAAUAUGAGAAAUGAAAGGGGUCCGGGUUCAAGAGAGGGCCAAGACAGGACAGCACUGAACUUGCCUAGGGAGUCUAGAUUCAGACGUGAUUCUGCGUCAAACCAGCUUCCUGUGUUUGUCCCAGGGGGAUUUGAGCAAAACCCUUCUUUUGGGUCCGGGCACAGUGGAGGAGUAGGCAAGUUUGAAACCGCCGAUGAGAGCUACAGUUGAUUACAGUUGAUCCCUGCUUGGCUGCGUGAAAAUGCUGUUAACAAGUCCCUCACAGGGUUCAAGCCAUUCCUUCAAUGGAAUUCUGAGUUAACACACCGGCUUUAGCUGAGGUUUGUAAAUGAGGCAACUUAGAGGUGGUUCUUGCGCUUUCUUGACAUUGUAGCCUAUAGUCUAGCACAGCUCCGUUAUGCAUUGAAAAUUUUCUGUUAUCUCAGUAGUAGUCUUACCACUAUUCAGCUGGACAACAUGUGGAUGUAAUUUCUUAGAUUCAUUCCAUUCACUUUUGAUUUUAAUUAUUUUACUUGC